AUGGAGGAGGAGGGAGUCAAGGCCAAGAACAACAAAGCAGUGAGGAGCAAGAAGCAUGCAAGGCUCCACAGGUCAUUCCUGCACUUCUCCAAGGCCCUAAAGAAGCUCCAUGGCCGCGGCCAUGCAGACGCGAACGGCGAGCCGUCGUCCUCCUCCUCCUCCGCCACUUCGUUCCUCUCCCAGUGCAUGCAUCCCCGGACCCACUCCUUCGCCUCCAGCCGCCGCCACAGCCACGUGGCCGCCGCUCGUCACAAGCACGACGAAGACGAUGACGGUGACGCACUCGCCGUAAAUUUUCGGUCGCUCCGGGUUGUCGCCGAUGAGGGCGGCUCGUCGUCGGCGCAGGAUUAUUACAGUGACGGCGGGAGCGAUGAGGCCGAAGGCGUGCCGCCGCCGGCCAAGGUUGUGGUUGCUGGCGGCGGCGUCGCGGUGGUGACGUUCUCCGCGGCGCCGUACCAGGACUUCCGGCGGUCCAUGAGGGAGAUGGUGGACGCCGCGCGGAGCGAUGCUGCUGGGAGCGGCGCUGCGACGUGCGCGCCGGCUGUGAUGGUGGACUGGGACCUCAUGGAGGAGCUGCUGUUCUGCUACCUCCGGCUCAACGACCGCGCGGUACACAAGGACAUCCUCCGGGCGUUCACCGACACGGUAGCCACACUCCGGCGGAGGCGCAGGGCGGCGGCACGGACGCCGAAGACCCGGCGGGCGCGUCGGAAGCAGCAGAUGAGGGCUAGUGAAGAAGGCCGCGACGUUACUGACGAGGCGGUGGCCUCGUCGUGA